AUGGAAUGCAUAGAUAGAAACAUUCGGAGGGAAUCUCUUCGUAGACUAGGCUCUCUUCCAACACACGGAUGGUCUUUCUUCGAGCAAAUUUGUCAUCGAAACUCUGAGCUCAUAGAAAGAAACGAUUGUUUUUUCAAUCUUGAAAGGAUCGAAGAUACAGCAUUAUCAAUAUGCGCGGUUAGCGCCGAAUCUAGAAACUUAGUGGAGGCCAGAAUCCUUUUUAAUCAAUUGCAGUUUUACUUAAAGAAGUACUUAUUUAUCGAAGGAAACGAAAGCUUCGAAAGUACGCUACCUUCGUUGGACGAUUCCUCUUUUUGCCAAAUUUUCCCCUCGUCCGCAAAAUGCGUUCCUGCAAUUAUAAGCGGGAUGCUUUGUCUAGCCAAGCAGCAUGAAGAAGUAGCUGUUGAUGUUAUUUCUUUUUCAGAAUCUAUUAUAAAGACCUUUAAGUCCAUAAUAAAUGAGGAAACUGCAGAUUCUACGUCCUACAUUUUACGCAGGAUUUUCUAUGCUUCUCAUCUUGCUUUCAUUUUAAAUGAAUUUGCUAAAAAUUGCGAGGAGAUGAAGGUUGAAAGCAUAUGCCUAUGGAUUAUUAAUGUCUGCACGAAUAUACUUUCAUCUGAUGUUCUUCCACAACAAAAAUUAUCUGCCAAUUCUCUUUUUAUACAACCAUCUCCAUACUAUCAGGGUUUUGGUCUAAAGUACUUUCUAUAUCUUUCUUCGUUGUCCGCUUUGGUAAAUGCAGCAACUUGUUUGUGGUUGGGAAAUUGUGCGUUAUUCUGGGAUAUUGGCUGUUCUCGUCCUUCUUCUCCCGAAGAGAAAGUUUAUUCCAAUCAAUUUCAAGCUCUUUUACAGUUGUCUGAAAAAGUACUCUCGAAAAGCUAUACCUCUAAAUUACAAGGACAAGUAUGUGUGCCUUGUGGACUGUAUUUUGUUCUUGCCUUGAAACUAGCAAUUUUAAGUUCCGCAUAUGUUGGCUUUAUUCCUAACGUCUAUUGUGAGUGGAUUGAUCUUUCUCUCCAGAAUAUAUCUGAUGAACCCGAGACGCUUCCUCAUUUAGUGGAUGUAAUGGCUUCUUUGGCAUGCGUCUUUCCAGCACAAUUGCAAUUCGCUUUAAUACGCUUACGGUUCAUUGCAAUAUAUGCUCCUCGUGAUAAUGAGAAUCCAGUUAUUUACGCUAAAUUGGCAUCUCGAAAAUUAGCACAUUUGUUCAACUACUCAUCAAAAGAUGCUGCCAUUACUUCAAUUUAUCAACUAGCAAAUUUGUUGUCUCCCCUUGAUACAGCAGAUAGUUUUUUCUCGCUCUCUAGGGAACACAUGAAUAUGGAGGGUUUUGCACAUCCUUCGCGCGAGCUUCCAAUAAGUACUUUACCUAUUUAUCUGAAUAUUAUAGACUCUGGGCGUGAAAUUGCUCUUUUAGUGAAUGACGAAAAAAUUCAUGGACUGGCUAUUUCCUUGCUAAUUCAGAAAUUUUCGCGAAACUUUGAUUCACGGGUUAGUGCUCAAAUAAUAUGUGCUUUAGCUGAUAUCUCAAUUAAAGCAAAUGAACGCAAUUUCUUUAUUUUGAUUCAGUUUUAUUCUAUACAGCAUAAGAUGUUGACAAAACAAGUGGAUGAAGAGUUAGCUUUAGCAAUUCUUCAAUCACGCCGUUUAAUUGCCAGUGGGACAGAACCGCACUCUUCCAAGCGAUUGGACUUGCUUAAAAGCCUGUUGGAAGAAAUUAUACAAGUGGGUAUUGUUCGUGAUACCCCUUCGGAUCAGUUAAGUGGAUACUUUACUGUCCUUGUCUAUGCAAUUAAGGCCCUUAGUUGUUGUAUCGACCAAAUAUGUUGGGAGAAUUUACCGAAAGAUGAAAACUAUCCCGCGCUUUUUAGGGAUAUGUGGUUCACGGUUGUUUUGAAUAGAUUUCGUUUUUCGGUUGACAUAAGUGAGACGUUAAGACCAGAGCUAGAACAAAUCGCCCGUAACUCGCCUCUUCUUGUUUUUGAAGAUUUCGGAAACAACUUUGAAAGCAAUUUGGAAUUAAAUACUGUUUUGAGGAGUCAUAUUGAGCAUUCUGUUUUAUCUCGAAUUAAGUCAGAAUUGACAACAAUUGCGGACGUGGAUUUGAGGUCCUUAAAUGCAUCUGAAAUUUGUUUUCUGUCUGCUGUUCUCUUACUCGAAGGACUACGCUGCAAAACUGGUCGGAUUUCCGCUCUUGUCGAAUAUCUGAGUGAUAUUACGUUAAGUUCAAGCCAUCUGCCUCCGUUCAUUAGAGCCAUUGCCCUACAUAAUUUACCAAUAUUUGUGGAUUCUCUCUUUCGUGUAAAGCGACUUCAUCAAAAUAGUAUUAAAGAGAUACAAGGACUUCUUUGCUUGUGUUGUCACAGAAUCGAUUCGGUGCGACGAUUGGCUUUGGAAUGUACCACGUUUGUCAUGCAUAGCCUGCCUCACCUUCUCGGUACUGCCAAUAUUUUGUAUAGUAUCCUAGAAUUGCUUACUCUUCUCUGGAAAGCCCGAAAUGAAGAGUGUUAUAAUCAGUAUAUUCCUAAGCUUCAGUACUGUUCUCCAAAGUUAAAUCUUACAAUUGUAUUGUCAGAUAUUUACGAUGCUCGUGAGAAGGUGCUUUCUGAAUUUAAAAGCAAUGCUACUGAUUGGAUACACGUAAGCUCCAAAUCUAUUCCUAGACAAAUCAAGAAUUUAUUACAAUCUUAUCUCGCCGAAUUUGAAGACAUUGAUGAUCUUGAGCUUGUUGAACUUGGAAGGUCACUUGCUGUCGAAAUUGGGAUCAAAAUCCCAAGCUUUGAUUGUGAAAACCGCGUCCUUUCUUCAUUUGGGAAUUGGAUUCCAGAUUUUAGUUCCGAGUUUAUGGCGGAUUAUACUACACGUCAACGAUAUGCGCAUGAUAACGUGGUCCUAAACACAGAAGGUGACAUGAGUAGUGACAAGGUUAAUCUUGUGCUUUCUCAAAAACACCAACUCUUCGAGCAGAAUCUAUCGCUUUUAAAUGAUUUGGAAAAUGAUUAUAAUCAACGAAAUUCAGUGUCUUCUCUGAAGCUUCGUAACAAUAUUCGCAAGGCUGCCUCUCAUGCGGUGCAAGAAUCGACAUAUUUAUUUUCAGUACUUACAAGAAAAAUCAUUCGGAUCCCUUUUAUUGAGUUCAGUCAAAAAUCUAUAAAGCUUGGUGUUAAUUUAUGGAAUUGGAUGAUGAACGAGGUUCCUAUUUUUAGCUCUUAUAUUGUGCUUAACAUUAUUCGUAAUUGGAAAAACGAAAUAAUGAGGGAAAAAAGAGGUUUUUUCUCAACCAUAAGAGCGAAAUCUCCAUUAGCCUUGCCAAUGACAUACUCUCCGACUGAGAGAUCAUCCAUGAUAUCCUAUAAGGAUAAAUUGAGCUCACAGAUGAUUCCCCAUCUACUUUUAUUAGAGCUUAUGUCUGGUAUAUUUGAAGGUCUUUGGUUUAGUGAUCGUCAGAAUGCCAUAAUCAUCGUCCAGUUCAUGGAUUUUGUGCUUAAAAAAAUCGGCUCUUUGGAGUCUAGUCGUAACGCAUUGGCACGAGAGCUUCACUUUAAAUUUGUUUCUUUCGGAUUCAAAAUUGCUGAUAAUUUGCUAAAUACGUUAUUAGGUUCUAGAUUUUAUAAUCUGUGCUUGGACGCUGCCUUAUGCUGGUUUACAGAAACACCCGCAUGGACUUAUGGAGCAGACAAACUUAAUGUCGCAACAGAAAUUUCGAUUAUGCGGAAUUUGUGUGCAAAGAUGGAAAACACAUUAAAUCAAUACCCUCUAAAAGGUUCUACAAUCAAAAAGCAGAAAUUGCUAAUAAUUUUGUUGAAAAAUGAAAUGUACAGACUGUACACCUGGAUUACACCUGUUGUAUAUGGAAGGAAUUUGGUAAUGACCGAUCCGAUACCGGAAACCUUCAGCUCGAGUUCAACAAUUACUUCAGAAAUGUUACGUCUGGCUUGGAAAGUUUCUCCUGCUAUCGUUUUGCACAUUCCCAAACGCUUUAUCGAGCCUUCAUUGAUGGAUAUGGUGACUAGCUUUAUUUUAGCUGAUCCAACUUCGUGUCUUCAUUACGAAGUUGCUAUGGGCUAUCUGUUUGAGAAAUAUCCACAGGGUGAUUUUCCUCUAGAUAGGAAGUAUCUCUUCUAUUGGGAUCCUAUUUAUCCUGUUAAUGGUCCCGUAUUGUUUAAGCCGAAAAUCAAAUGGAAUCCGCAACUGUUACAGUAUGCGGUGCGCUCAAUGGAAAGCUACCCAGUUUCCCUUAUGUUCUUCUAUGUACCUCAAAUCGUGCAAUCUCUUCGUUACGAUAAAAUGGGUUAUGCAGAGAGUUUUAUACUUGAGGCUUCAGGAGUAUCUCAAUUAUUUGCUCAUCAAAUUUUAUGGAAUAUGAAAGCAAAUCUAUAUAAAGAUGAAAGUGCUACUGUGCCUGAUUCUAUAAAACCGAUUUUGGAUCAUGUCAUGGACAAAAUGGUAGCUUCCCUAUCUGGUGAUGAUAAAAGCUUUUAUGAACGAGAGUUCUUUUUUUUCAAUGAAGUUACUUCCAUUUCCGGGAAACUUAAGCCGUUUAUUCGAAGAUCAAAACCCGAGAAGAAGGCUAAAAUUGAUGAAGAAAUGAGGCAAAUAAAACUCGAUGUAGGUGUUUAUUUACCUAGUAAUCCUGACGGUGUGGUGGUUGGAAUAGAUAGGAAGUCAGGAAAGCCUUUACAAAGUCAUGCUAAGGCACCGUUUAUGGCUACCUUCAAGAUUCAGAAGGAAAAGGUCAUUAAUUCUGAUCCGGAAGAAGAAGCCAUAAACGGAGACGAAGGAAACGCCUAUCAUCAAAAACAAAGCUAUGAAGUUUGGCAGUCGGCUAUUUUCAAAGUUGGAGAUGAUUGUCGACAAGAUGUGUUAACAUUACAAUUAAUUGCUAUAUUUAAAAACAUUUUCAACUCUGUGGGUUUGGAUGUGUACCUAUUCCCUUACAGGGUAACUGCUACCAAUCCUGGUUGUGGUGUUAUUGAUGUAUUACCAAACUGCAUAUCUCGAGAUAUGCUUGGACGUGAAGCUGUCAAUGGCUUGUAUGAUUACUUUAUUACUAAAUUUGGUGGUGAAGACUCUAUAGCAUUUCAGAAAGCUCGAAGCAAUUUCAUUCAGAGUAUGGCGGCUUAUUCUGUUAUUACAUAUCUAUUGCAAUUCAAAGAUAGGCAUAAUGGAAAUAUUAUGAUCGAUGAUCAGGGGCAUAUAUUACAUAUAGAUUUUGGAUUUAUUUUUGACAUUGCUCCUGGUGGAAUUACAUUUGAAAGUGCUCCGUUUAAGUUAACUCAAGAAAUGAUUGCUGUAAUGGGAGGCAAUAAUAGGUCACAACCAUUUCAGUGGUUUCAAGAGUUAUGUGUAAAGGCCUUCUUGGCAUCCCGCCCUUAUGCUAAGUCAAUUUGCCAAGCCGUCGAAAUUAUGUUGGAUUCGAGUCUUCCUUGCUUUAAGGGACAGUUGAGUAUUACGCAUACUUUGGAGCGUUUUGCUUUGGAUAUGAAUGAAAGACAGGCCGCAAAUCACAUGCUAAAUUUGAUCGAUUACAGCUACAAUAAUAAACGGACGCUAAUGUAUGAUCAAUUUCAAAAGGCGACCAACGGAAUUCCUUAUUAA